AUGCCUGUACCCGUAAGCUCUAUGCCCGCUGGUGCUCAUGGCCCUUCUACCUUUGACAAGCUCAAGAUGGGCGCCAUGAUGGGCAGCAGUGUCGGUCUCAUCAUCGGCUUCAUCUUCGGCGCAACCAACAUCAUUCGAUUUGGACCUGGCCCUAACGGAAUGCUGAGAACCUUGGGCCAAUACAUGGCUGGAUCCGCCGCCACCUUUGGAUUCUUCAUGUCCAUUGGUAGCACCAUCCGUACAGAGGGCACCUCCCCCAUCGUCAACCAGGCCUACGCCAAUGCCUACCGCAAGCCCUUCAUCCUGCCGAGACAACACGCCACACGUUCAUAG